AUGGGGGAAGAACUUGAUUAAAUCUAUGACGCCAUAGAUGCCAAGGAAUAUUAGAAAGCAAUAGAGCUUGCCACAGAGGAAGCCAAAAAAGCUGAUGCGGAUGAGUUUUUGUUCAGAAAACUAAUUGGAAAAUCUUUACUUGACGAUUAUUUUUUAAAAUUACAAACACAGAAGGACUUCUAAUUGUCAAAUUAAGCUCGCGAAGAGUUAUUAAAAAGUUGGGCACUACAGUAAGAGGAGAAUGAAGAUGCUUUGUUAUUUUUGGCUGAUUUAGAGCUAUCGUAGGGUAUGUAUGAGGAAUCAAAGGCACAUUAUCAAUAAUUGUCUACGCUUUUCCCGCUUAAAGAGACUGAGGUUAAACCAUAGGCUACAUUGUCAGCAUGUUAUAUGGGAUUAGCUGAAUGUGAGAUGAAAAUGAAUAAGUUUGAGGAGGCAAUAAAAUAAUAUUAGAAUGUUAUAGACAGGAAGGAUAAAAAUGAAGAUUAAGAUUUUGGAUAAAUCUAUAAGAACAGAGCAAUCUGCUUUUAUAACUUAGGAGAUUAUAAGAGUGCAGAAGCAGAUAUCAAAUAAGCACUUGUAAUUACUCCAACAUAGCCAAGACUUUAUGCAUUACAAGUAAGGAUAUUCGAAUCAUAAAACAAAUAUAAAGAGGCAGAGACCUUUUUGAAUUCUGGAGUUCAUAAGAAUUGUAAAGAUGAUCCAAUUAUCCUUGAGGCCAAGGGUAAGAUCUUUCUCCAUCAAUAAAAAUAUGCAUAAGCAGAAGAGAUUUUUAAACAAAUGAAAGGUGUGGAGGCAUAGCUCGGACUGGCUCAAUCAUGUUUGAAAUAGAAGAAAUAUCCUUAAGCAAUUGAAUUAUAUGAAGCAAUCUUAAAGGAACAUCCAAAAAAUUUGCCUGCACUAAAUAAUUUGGGUAUCUGUUACUUGGAAGCUUAAAAAUUGGACUAAGCGAAAGAUAUGUUUGAAAAAGUAAUAGCAUAAAGUCAUAAUGACAUGGUGGCUAUGAGUAAUUUAUCAGACAUAGAAUUUAAAUUGGCUUAAUAGAAUAAGGAUGGCAAAUAAGAAGCUCAUAUCUAGGAAACCAUUCGUCUCUCUGAAAUUGUAACAAAAUCAUCUGAUCCUUUCGAGAGGGCUGUAGCUUUCAAUCGUUUGGGUGCAUGCUAUUAAAUGCAAAAGAAAUACAAAGAGGCUGAAGAUGCAUUUAUCAAGAGUAUUGCUGCCGAACCCAAAUUCGUAUUAGCAUGGGCAAACAAAGCUCAAGUUGAAUUAAUGUUGGAUAAGCCUGGAGAAUCCUUGGCAAGUUUAAAGAAAUCUGAAGAAUUAUUGAAAGAUGAUUUUUCUAAGAAAAAUUUAUCUGAUGCCAAUAUUAACUUUAUUUAAGCGGGACUCAAGAAAAUUGUUUCAUUACAAGAGAAUUUCGGAAAAGCUGCUGAUGAAAUUAAAGCUAAAAUGGAUGCCAUGCUUAAGAGACCAAAUGUAUUGGCUGGACAUAAAAAUAUUACAAAGGAAUAUGAAGAGUUGGAGAAACAAAGAAUUGAAAUGCUUAAGAAACAGUAUGAAAAGAUCUAGACUAACUAAGGGAAGUCUGAAGGAGAAGAUAAAGAUUAUGAAUUGUUACAGUAGCAGAUAGAAUAACUUAAAAAGAAGAUUGAAAAUCAAUCUAAAGAAAUAGAUGAAAUUGAAAAGAAGCAAAAAGAAUAAGCCAAAAGAACCGCAGCUUUGGAAUAAAGAGUGGAUAAAAUGAGAGAUACAUUAAGAGCUUCAGGUGUUUAUGAGUAGGGUAAAAUUAAGGCUUGGAUGAAUGAAAAUAGACACAAAGAAGAAGGUAAAUAUGCCAAAGCAUUUUAUUGGACCUUGCUUAAUUACAUUGAUUCCUACAGAGCUGCUAGUACAGGAAUCUUGUAGACAAAUGUAGAACAUGCAGAAAUUGAUAGUAAAGUCAGCACAGGAGUUACGUUGGCUAAAAAAGCUAUAGAGGUGGGAUCAUCACUUUGUGAGAGUUUACCUUUGGUCGGAAGUAUUUUCAAAGUAAUCGAUGGAGCCAUUGAUUAUUGUUACUCUGAAUAUAAAUAGAAGAAAUUCGAGGACAAGGUUAAUUCAAUAAACAAAAUCAUCAUGGAAAAUCACACAGCCAAUACUUAAGAAGAUUUGAGUUAAGUUCUUACUAAAGCAGCCAUUGAAAUAGCCAAAAAGAAAUCUGCAGCUAAAGUGUUCAUUUAAGUUUAAUUUGAAUUAGAUAAUCCUAAACCACCAGGUAUGAUUGAUAAGAUCACUGGAUUCUUUACUGCUAAAAUCAAUCAAAUAAGAGAAUAUGCUUUAGGUAAAUAAAUUGAACUCUACGAUUCUGUUGGUGGAGGAGAAGCAUUGAAAGAUGUCAUUCUUUGUUUGGCACACUUAUAAAAGAAUUUUGCAGAUGUUAUUAAAAAAUCUGAAACCAUCUUAUUGGAUGUUUAAAUUGAAUAAAUUGUAACUGAAAAAAUCUAGACUUUGUUAAAGGAUGUGAAGGAAGUCCCAUAAAACCUAGAUCCAAUCGAGGAUGAUUGGGAAGUCCCAUAAUAAACUCCAGAACAAAUUUAAUUCCUAAAAGAGGAAUAGGCCAAAAAAGAAUAGCUGAAAAAGGAGGCGGAAUUGAAAAAGUAAUAAGAAAUUGAAGAAUAAUAAAAGAAAUUAUAACAACAGCAAGCAGCUGAACAAUAAGCUUCUCAAUAACCAGCACCUUAACAACCACCUCCCUAACAGCCUGCACCUCAAUAGCCACCUCCUUAAUAACCCCCAACUCAAUAGCCACCUCCAUAGUAGCCACCUUCUUAAUAGCCACCUCCAUAGUAGCCACCUCCUUAAUAACCAGCUUAAUAGCCUACUCAAUAGCAUCAGACGUAAUAGCCACCAUAAUAAAAUAAUCGCAUGCAAGAGGAGGAGGAGAAUGUCUAGGUUUAAAAGUAGAAUAGACCGAUCGAAGUUGGGAAUCAGGAUAAAUAAGAGAAAAAAUAACCUGAAUAAUGUAAAUAAUUAUUAUAUUUUAUUAGCUAGAGAAAGUAGCUGCUGUGUAAUUUACUGAUAGAACGGC